UCUAGAUCAAGAUCAAGUUCUCAGUCGAAGAAAUCGAAAUAGGGAGAUUGUUUCUGUAAAACAAUAAAUGGAUUUGAAAACCAAAACAAGAACUCGUGAUGGAGUAAUGGAGAAAGAGAUUUCGAUUUCUACAUCUUCUUCGUCUGGUAAAUUAAAGAAAUCAGAUUCUGGUGACAAGGAAGAGACGAUGAAUUUCUGUAAGAAACCAAAGAUUAAUCAAGGGUUCUUACAAUCUGCUGAAAAGAGGAGAAACUCCGGGGAUGGACAGAAUAGACCUAGUAAAGUUAGGAAAGUGAAUUCUGUUGAAUCCAGUGAAGAACGGAAGAGGAAUAUUGGGUUCGGAUCUUCAGAAGAUGGAAAAAUCAUGGCCAAGGAUGUUGCUGCUGGUAAGAGAAAAAGGAGUAGUCGGAGCUUAAUGUGCCACCAGUGUCAACGGAAUGACAAAGGAAGUGUGGUGUUUUGCUCCCAGCCGCAGUGCAACAAACGUUUCUGCUAUAUAUGCCUUUCAAAGUGGUACCCAAAUAAAACCAAAGAAGAAAUUGAGAAGAGAUGUCCUGUCUGUUGCUGCAACUGCAACUGCAAAGCAUGCUUACGGGAACACAUAAAGGUUGCAGAACCUAAAAAGACAGACCCUCAUGUCAGGCUGGAGCGGCUGAUGUACUUGGUUCAAAGAGUAUUACCUCUCCUCAAGCAAAUUCACAUGGAGCAGAACUAUGAAAUAGAGAUGGAAGCUAAGAUACAAGGAGUUGAAGAGCGCGAAAUUAAGGUAAUAAGGUGUGAAUCUGGUGGCGAUGAGCGGCAAUACUGUGACAAUUGCAAUACUUCAAUUGUUGAUUUCCACAGGAGUUGCCAGAACCCUGAGUGUUUUUAUGAUCUAUGUCUCACAUGUUGUCGGGAAUUGAGGGAUGGUUGUCAGCCUGGAGGUGGAGAAGCGGAAUCUUCUCACAGAAAUUUUGUUGCAAGGGCGGAAGGCACAGAUGUGAAAACUGAAAGGAAGGCACCUAAACCUAAGAAAAGCUCAGGUUCAGAGAGUGAAGUAGCAUUUGAAGCAGAAGUUUGUGAAACGGCAGAGUCUUCUGAGUUUCCCGAAUGGAAAGCUAAUGCUGAUGGUAGCAUUCCAUGCCCUCCAAAAGAACGCGGUGGUUGUGGGUUUGAGAAACUUGCAUUGAGACGCAACUUUAAAAACAAUUGGGUGGGCAAAAUGCUUGCCGAUGCUGAGAAGCUUACCAGCAAAGAUCACCUCCCAGACAGUGAUUCCUUCACAGGGUGUUCUUUGUGCAGUGGCGCAGAAAAUGACGGAACUGUAGUUAGGCAAGCAGCUUAUAGAAAGGGUGGUCAUGACAACUAUGUGUAUUGCCCUGAUGCUGUUCAAUUAAGAGAUGACGAAACUGAGCAUUUCCAAACACAUUGGAUGAAGGGUGAACCUAUCAUCGUCAGAAAUGUUCUUGAAAAAACCUCUGGUCUUAGUUGGGAACCAAUGGUGAUGUGGAGGGCUUUCAGAGAGACUGGCGCUGUAAGAAAGCUGAAAGAGGAGACAAAAUGUGUGAAGGCCAUUGAUUGCUUAGAUUGGUGUGAAGUUGAAAUCAACAUUCACCAGUUCUUUGCAGGCUACUUAGAAGGGCGUAUGCAUAGAAAUCGGUGGCCUGAGAUGUUGAAGCUGAAGGAUUGGCCUUCGUCAACUGCAUUUGAAGAUCGUUUGCCAAGGCAUGAAGCUGAAUUUAUCUCAGCGCUCCCAUAUAGUGAUUAUACUCACCCGACAUAUGGCCUAUUAAAUCUUGCAACAAAGCUUCCUGAGAGCUGCUUGAAGCCAGACUUGGGACCAAAAACGUACAUAGCGUACGGUUUUCCAGAAGAGCUCGGUAGAGGUGAUUCAGUUACAAAGCUGCACUGUGAUAUGUCGGAUGCGGUAAAUGUGAUUACUCAUACUACGGAAGUGAAGAUCGCUCCAUCGCAACUUAAAAGCAUAACUAAAUUGAAGAAAGUACAUGAAGUUGAAGAUUUUCGUGAUUUUGGUGUCAGUGAAACUGGAACCUUGGGUAAGUCUGCUGAAGGAAAACCACCUUGCAGGCCUGAAGCUGAAGCUGAAGCCACGCGUGCUGCACCUAUGGUAAAUCCAUGUGCUGACGACUCUCUUCAAGGUAAUGACACUUCAGAUAUCGGUAGGGGAGGUGCUGUUUGGGACAUCUUUCGCAGGCAGGAUGUGCCUAAGUUAACUGAGUACUUGCACAAACACUCCAAGGAAUUUCGCCAUAUCAAUAAUCUUCAUGUUGGUUCGGUCAAUCAUCCUAUUCAUGACCAGACCUUCUACUUGAAUGAGCAGCAUAAGAAACAGUUGAAGGAGGAGUAUAACGUUGAGCCCUGGACAUUUGAUCAGUACCUUGGUGAGGCUGUUUUCAUUCCAGCAGGUUGUCCUCAUCAGGUGCGAAAUAGACAGUCGUGCAUCAAAGUAGCAAUGGACUUUGUAUCCCCUGAUAAUGUCCAAGAAUGCAUUCGGUUGACUGAGGAGUUUCGUUUGCUCCCAAAAGGGCACAGGGCAAAGGAAGAUAAACUGGAGGUGAAAAAGAUGGCAUUGUAUGCUGUAAGUGCAGCCGUAAGGGAUGCUAAAAGUCUUUUUUCGAAACUCAACUGAUCUUGUAGUCGAUGAUUAAAUUCCUCUUUGAAUGAAGUUGUUCUGUAUCCAUUUUGCAUCUUUGUCAAAAGAGAGCUGCUUUAGUUCCCUUGUCCA